AUGGAGGUUGAGGAGAGUCACCGCUCUUCUCACGACAGGCAUUCUUAUCUCUUCGGCGAGAUCACCAUGCAAUUGAAGCUCAUCCCUGGCAACUCCGCCGGCACCGUCACCGCCUUCUACGGGAGAAGUAGCAGGCGAGCAAUGGAUCUCAAUCUCACCUUUUCGUUGCCAGCAAAUCCACUAACGUCAGUUGAUGACAUUCGGGUGGAAGAAAAAGAAGUGAUCGUUGAAGCUGCUAUCUCCCAUUUCAGAUCCCUUCUCAGCUCGGCCCCCCAUAGACGCCCCGGGAUAGACAAUCUUCAACUCAAUUCCAUUUCGCCUGAAGAUGCUUCUUCCCUUGAAGCUCCUUUCUCCUCGGAAGAAGUAAAGCUGGCCAUCGACUCGCUUGGGGUUGAUAAAGCUCCUGGGCCCGAUGGAUUCCCUAUUCUCUUUUUCCAAAUUUUCUGA